GCAUCUACGGCACCCACGGCUGGCGGUUCAAGUACGGAGCAAACGGCGAUGACGGCCUCCGAAGCAACGACGACAUCAACCGAGCCGCUUCCAGCAGUAUCAAGCAUUCCCGACCCUCCGACAGAAAUCCUCGCCGGACCUUCCACCGAACAUGCUCUUGAGGCCGGCGGAACUGACGACGAUGAUGAGUUCACUCCCAGUGUAUUUGACGGAUCAUCAAUCGCCGACGACAGGAGUCAAAGAACUGACUCGACCUCGCUGAACUCCAGCGUCUACGAGCAUAGCUUCCAGCACGGACGCCGUUACCACAAGUUCCGCCACGGGCGGUACCCGAUUCCCAACGACGAGACAGAACAGAACCGCGAGGACAUGCUGCACGCUAUGAUGCUGGAAGCUACAGACGGGAAGCUGUACUUUGCACCCAUCGGGGACAACCCACAGAAGAUAAUUGAUCUGGGUACAGGAACAGGUAUCUGGGCAAUCGAGAUGGGAGACUUAUUCCCAAGCGCGGAGAUCCAUGGUCUCGACUUGAGUCCCAUCCAGCCCGUUUGGGUACCACCAAAUGUCAAGUUCUUGGUUGAUGACGUUGAGGAUACAUGGUUGAACGGCCGGAACUUUGAUUUUGUUCACCUAAGAAACAUGGUACCCGUUCUAAAGUCACCCGUCGGCCUGCUACGAAAUGCAUACGAGCAUAUGAAACCCGGCGGCUGGGUCGAGCUUCAAGAUGUUGACGGCCAGGUUCACUGUGACGAUGGCACUAUGCCCUCUGACUGGCCCCUUGUCCGCUUCACGAACCAUCUCGUAGAGGCGUUCGCAAAAUUUGGGACGAACUCUCACGCCGCUGUGUUUGGACGGCAAUAUCUGGAACAGGCUGGUUUCGUCAACAUUCAACAUCACACGGUGAAGUUACCGUAUGGAACGUGGCCUAGGGAUAAAAUAAUGCGGCUGAUUGGCAUGUACUACCGCACGGCUUGCGAAGAGUUCUUCCCUGUAGUAGGCGCAAUCCACUUCCAGAUGUUGGGAUGGAGCCAGAUUGAGAUGGAGGUUCUCUUCGCCGAAUGUCGGAAUGCCAUGAGGGACCCGAAUGUACAUGCUUACGGCAUGAUGCAUUUCUGGAGCGCACAGAAACCUCUGUGA